AUGGGCUCCAACACUGGCGAAGCGACGCUGUCGCGCUUCUCGCGCCGCCUCACCUUCAACCAGAACCUCAUCAGCGGAUGCGUCCUCUUCUUCACCGUGGGCGUCUACCUCGCCGUGCUCGGCCUCGGCGCCGGCGGCGGCAAGCCCUCGUCGCAGCGCGUCAGCGACAUCUCCAACAGCUCCCUCUACGGCAUCUACGCCGUCUUUGGCUUCUUCACCGGCGCCAUCAUGAACAAGCUCGGCCCGCGCCUCACCAUGACCAUUGGCGUCGCGGGGUACCCCGUCUACGUCGCCGGCCUCUUCUACUACGACAGGACCGCGCACGAGUGGUUCCCCAUCCUCGGCGGCAUCCUCCUCGGGCUCAGCGCGCCGAUGCUGUGGUCGACGUCGGGCUUCAUCCAGUGGGCGUAUGCCACCGAGGUCGAAAAGGGCAAGUACAUUGCGAUCCAGUACUUUAUCAACCAGGUCGGCAGCGUCGUCGGCUCCCUGGUCGCCUUCAUCAUCAUACACCAGGGGACGUCGACCGCGGACGGCAGCCCGACGAGCGUCUACAUCACCUUCAUCAUCCUCAUAUGCGUUGCAUUUUUGUUCACGAUUUUCGGCCUCGUCAGCCCCAAAGACGUCCGUCGCGCAGAUGGCACCCCGGUCGCGGUGUUUCACAACCUGCCCAUGACCGAGGAGCUCAGGGGCGUUGCGAGGGUCCUGCGCGACUACCGCGUCCUCGCCAUGCUGCCCGUCAUCUUCAGCUGCGAGCUGGCGCUGGGGAUCCUGCCGUCCGUCAACGGGCGGUACUUUAACCUCAGGACGCGAGCCAUGAACAAUGUCAUUUUCUACCUCGUUCAGCUGCCCGCAUCCGUGGGCUGCGCGUUUCUCACCGACAGGCUCCCCUUUGGCCGCCGCAUGCGAGGCUACGUCUCCGUCUCCGUGCUGGGCGUCGUCGUCUUUGCGGCCUGGAUUGCGCUGCUUGUAUGGGUUUCCACCUCCUCCCGCUGGGCAUCUCCGCCCGUCGGCGGCGUGGACUGGACGGCAUCUGAUUUUGCCGGGCCGUUUGUCCUCUACCUCGUGUUUGGCAUCGUCUACGGCUCCCACCAGCAGAUUGGCAUGUGGGUGAUGGGGACCUUUACCAACGAGCCGACCGUUCUCGCCAUAUACGGCGGGCUGUGGAAGGGCGUCGCGGCGGCUGGGGUGGCCGUGCAGUUUGGCAUGGCCGCAGCUGCCGUCUCGUACCAAGCCCAGAUUGCGUUUGCACUUGCGCUGCAGCUGCUGUCCAUUCCCAUCAUGCUCUUGCUUGUGGCAAAGGCCCGCGAGACGAAUUACAAAUCCGAGGUCGACGUCAUCGUACCGCACUACGCGGAAGACAUCGUUACGGAGAGCAAAGGCAUGUUUGGAAAAGAACAUCCCACGGCAGAGCACGACGGACUUGAAGUAGCCAAGAAUAUCCCAUCUGCUACGGCUUGA